AGAAGAAAGUAAGGAUGGAUAGUGUGAAAGGGCUAGUUGAAUCCAAUCGUCUGAUGAGCUCUAUCCCCUCCAAAUAUGUGUGCAUUCAAUGUCCAGAAGAUUCCCUGUACUGCCAAUCCGACGUUAUUGUUCCCACAAUUGACUUCUCCAAGCUUACCUCUUGCGAUCCCAGUGAACGCUCCAGAGCAACCCAGCAGCUCGGAGAUUCCUGUCGCGAUUGGGGGUUCUUUCUGCUGAUAAACCACGGAUUGCCGGAAACACUAAGGGAUGGGCUGGUGAGGGCAUGCGUCAGCUUCUUUAAUCUGACGGAAGAAGAGAAGAAAGAAUUCCAGGGAAGCAGUGUGUCGGAUCCCAUAAGAUGCGGCACAAGCUUCAAUCCGAACGUGGAAAAGCGUCUUUUCUGGCGAGAUUAUCUCAAACUCCAAGUUCAUCCUCGCUUCCAUGCCCCUACCAAGCCCCCCAGUCUCAGCGAGACUAUAGAAGAAUACUGCGAAAAAAGUAGGGCAGUGGCGGAGGAGUUGCUGAAAGGGAUAAGCAGAAGCUUGGGGAUGGAAGAGAACUCCAUAUAUGAGAAGAUGAACGUGAGGCUGGGGACGCAAAUGUUUGUCGUGAACUAUUACCCACCAUGUCCAAGCCCGGAGCUUGCAAGGGGACUGCCGGAACACACAGACCAUGGGCUUCUCACUCUGCUCAUGCAAAACAACCAGGACGGGCUUCAAAUCCAUCACGAUGGCAAGUGGGUUUCCGUACAUCCGCCGCCAAACUCCCUCAUGAUCAACACCGGGGAUCACAUGGAGAUAUUGACGAACGGCAAAUACAAGAGCGUUCUGCACCGAGCAAUGGUGAAUAAUAAAGCGGCGAGAAUCUCCAUAGGGACUGCACACGGGCCUUCCCUGGACACUACGGUCGCCCCUUCGUCGGAGCUCAUCACGGAGGCUCAUCCACCUGCUUAUCGCGGCAUCACAUACAGGGAUUACAUGCUGCUUCAGCAAACCAAUCCCCUUCACGCAAAAUCUUGCUUGGACCGCAUCCGCAUUUGAUUCCAUGCAUCCCCUUCCUUUGCUUUUUACUUGUUUUUUUAUCCUCCAUUCCUGCUUUAGCUUUCGAGUCAGUACUGUCUCUCGCGUAAGCUUAAAAUAAGGCUCUGAUCUAGCAGAUCUAUGCUCAUGGUUGUGGAUUCUCACUUCGUUGUUUCUUGCUAUGCUCGUUCGUUCCUUGUAAUUGUACUAUAUAAUGUUACCACCUUCUUAUGCAUUGCCCGUCGGCAAUUUUUUACUAUA